AAAGGGGAAAAAAAAAGAAAAGAAAAAGACAAAUUUUGUUUUUAUUUACUUAGUUUUCAGCCGCUACUGCAAAACAAAAUUUUCCAACUUCAUAAAAAAUUCUGUGUUAUGGACAAGUGACUUAUUAAAGAUAUGCAUUUGUGAACUUUUCAAAAAGAAAAAUUAAAAUGAGUAAUUUGGAAACCUUAGAAAGUAUUGAUCCUGAUAGAUCUUCAAAUCAUUUGUCAAGAAAAUUAACUAAACUUUUAGAAGCUCGUUUGGAUACAGACAAAGACACACUUGAUGCUCUUAAAGAUUUGUCGACUUUCUUUACAGAGAAUAAUAUCAAGAACAGGAGAAAUUUGCGUAGUGAAAUAGAAAAACGAAGUUUAAGAGUAAACGAAGAAUUUUUAGAAUCUUUUCGUGAUGUUAAAGAGGCUCUUGAUCAUUUAUAUGAAGAUGUUGCAGCAAUGAAUGAGUGUUGUAAUGAUAUGAUGAGUCGACUGCAAGCAACUAAAUCUCAAACGCAUGACCUAAUAAAUGAAACUACAAAAUUGCAAGCAGAAAGCCAGAAGAUUCAAAUGAAACAAGAAGUUACUCAAGCGUUUCUUGACACUUUUCAUCUUAAGCCAGAGGAAAUUAAAAUUCUUCGAGGCACUAGAGAUGGUGGAUUAGAUAAGCAAUUCUUUGAAGUUCUGUCUAAGGUUAAAAAAAUUCAUAAUAAUUGCAAGGCCCUUCUGAGAAGCAGUCAACAAACAGCAGGAAUAGAAAUUAUGGAAGCUAUGGCAUUACAGCAAGAAGCUGCAUAUGAAAGAUUGUAUCGAUGGACUCAAAGCGAAUGUCGCCUUCUGAAUGUAGAAUCACCAGAAAUAAAUCCUUUACUUAGUCAAGCAAUGGAAAGUUUGCAAGAUCGCCCUGUAUUAUUCAAAUAUUCAAUAGAUGAAUAUGCUAAUGCCCGAAGAGCUGCUAUUGUCAGAGCUUUUAUUGAUUCAUUAACCAGAGGAGGUGUUAGUGGAACUCCUCGUCCAAUAGAAAUGCACUCACAUGACCCUUUACGCUAUGUUGGAGACAUGUUAGCAUGGUUACAUCAAGCAACUGCUUCAGAAAAAGAGAUUCUUGAAGCUGUUUUAAAAAAGUGUUCAAGCAAAGAACUUGAAAAUGAUAUUCAAGUUGCAUUAGCACACAUAACAGAAGGUUUAUGUAGGCCUUUGAAGGUUCGAGUAGAACAAGUUCUUAUUGCUUCUGAACAAGGAGCAGUUACUCUUUUUAAAUUGGGAUCUGUACUCAAGUUUUAUUUGCAUACUAUUCAGCAAGUGAUAAAAACAGAAGCUGCCCUUUUGACUACUCUUGAAGAAAUGCAUACUUUAUCUCAGAAAAUGUUUUACAAUAGUUUGACUUGUCAUUGUGGAAAAAUUUUGGAGAAAAUUGAAAUGCCUCCUGCAGAUUUAGGGCCACCUGAAGCUUUGAAACAAACUCUAACCCUUUUGAGAGAAGUAUUGUCAUGUCAAGAUGCUUGUCUUGUUUCAGUUGAUGAUCGUCAAAAAGAUGUACCUCAGAUUUUAACAACUGUAAUUGAACCAUCACUGCAAAUGUGUCAUGUUUCUGCCUCUAAAUUAGCCAGUGCUGAUAUGGCAACAUACUUGGCAAACUGCAUUUAUUUAAUCCAUUCAACCUUGAUGCUCUUUGAAUAUACUGAUCAGCAUUUGGAAAUGCUUCAAGCACAGAUGGAUGCUCAUCUAGACACUUUAGUAAGUGAACAAGCAUCUACCAUUGUUGGACAACUAGGAUUAGGUGCACUGUAUACAUCUUUGCAAGAUUUUCAACCAAAACAUGGUCCUUUGUCUAGUUUACCUGGAUGUGAUGCCUUAGCUAUUCAAGCAGCUGUGAAAAAAUUGGACAGUUUCCUUUCAGCACCAGAUUCCUUAACAAUACCUCAAAGCAUACUACUCCUUUCGGCAUCUCUGAGACAAACAUUGAGAAAACGUUCUAUGGAGUUGUUGUGUAAUGCAUAUACACAGAUAUAUGAAGCUGUGAAUUUGUCCAGCAAUAAUUAUAUGGAGCCUCAACUCCUACUCCCGAGGACACCUGAACAAGUGAGAACUUUGCUUCUAUGAACAAUAUAUCUGGGAUAGUUUUACAUAAUUGGAUGAGGGAAUUGCAGAUAUUGCAAGAUUUAAAUAAAGGAUAUUCACUGUUAAAUGGUUAAAUAGAUUCCAUUAUAUAUUGUGUGUGUAUAGUUUUGUACAAUUUCUGAAACUUUUGCAAUGAAAAUAUUUUUUAAUUCAUUGUUUCUGUUAAAUAGAAAUAUUCAUGUUACCAUUUAGUAAUGAUAUGAAAUUAUGUAUACCUAAUAAAUUAUUUCUAUUCUUUA